UUUUCGUGUCCGGUAAUAUCAUUGCUGUAAUCACGGCUUUGAUGAUGCUUUGGCCCCGCUGCCGCAAAUUAUUUUAGUUCAUUUUAUUUUAUUUCCGGCACCAUUCAAUUGCACUAAAUUCCAACUUCAUUUUGUAGGACGAACAGCUCUACAUCGGUUUGGACAUCGAAAGCAAAUUUCGUAGAAAUUCUGAAGAAAUAUUGAUCCCGUCAAACAAUUUUAAUCAUACUUUGUGCUACUUACAGCUUUCAUAAAUUUUUUAUUGACUCCCACAACAUUGUACCUUAGGAACUGCACGAGUUUGCGUGAUAUAACUUAUGCACGCUGAAGCACUUAGACAUAGUUGGGUGUUACAUUGACCUUGAAGACCACUUCCACAAAUAUGAAUUUCCAAUGCUGGAAAGCUUAACACUCAACUGGCAGCCAAGUAUCAAAUGGCGUAAUUUACUAGGCAAAUUUGGCAGCCUGCAGAGAUUAACUAUUGAAAGUAUUUGCAGCCAAGGCGCAAAGAGUCGCCGCGCGCUAUUACAGGCAAUUGCAGAGUACAAAAAUAUCAAAGUAAUCACCGUUUGCGGCUUAUCCAGUGUAGAAGGGAUCGCUCAACUAAGUAAGCUCACUGACAGAGAACUGGGAUUUCGUAUUAGAAACGGCGCGGAGAAUAGCUUGUCCCAAUUGUGCGGUCUACAAAACUUGCACACCCUCUAUCUGGAACAUACGACAAACAUCUGGAAUACAGAUUUGCUGAAUGUAAUAAAGACUUGUUCAAACUUGAGAAAAAUUACGCUGGAUUAUUGCUAUGGUGUAACGAAAGACUUCGUAUUUAAUGCCGCUAAGUUCUUGAGGGAACGUGAUACGUACGAACCACUGAAAGCGCGUUUCAACCUUGAGCUUUGCAGCUGUGCUAAUAUCGGUGAAGAUAUACUAGCGGAUCCUAUGUACGCAAGCGCUGAGUCCGCCAUGAGCUUAAUUGUAUUUUUCAAAUGUAAAUAUGCAGCGACUGACUAUCGAAAUGAGUAA